AUGUCUGGUAGGCCAAAAACAAACAGAGUUAGAGAUAUGAGUGAAAAGGGUGGAAACCAUAUAGUUUCUAAGAAGGUUAAGAAGAUAUCAUGUAGUUUGUGCAAAGUGGAAGGACAUAAUAAGAAGACAUGUCCAAAUAUUGAUAGGUCAAGACCAAACAAGUUACCAAUUAUGGUUAACAUGAGUAAGACUACAAAGGGUGAAAAUGUGAAGAAAAGGACUGCAGAAGUGGCGAGUGGAAGUAGGACAAGAAUGGAAGGUGGGGAUACACAUGGUAGUAAGGUUAAGAGGACUAAGACAACAAAGGGUGAAAAUGUGAAGAAAAGGACUGCAGAAGUGGCAAGUGGAAGUAGGACAGGAAUGGAAGGUGGGGAUACACAAUGUACUAGGGAGAGUGGGACUACACAAGUGACAAGGGAGAUGGGUAAUGUUGUAAUUCCCCAGGUUAAGAGGAGGAAAAAGAGUGAAAGGAUCAUCAUGAAAAAAUUUGCAACCCAAGUUACAGGAAAGAAUGGAGAGGGGAACACUUCAGAAAAAUAUGUCAACUUAAUAUAG